ACUUUGAUACUGACUGCAUCAUAUUGUGAAUGCUGCAUAUAUGACUGUUACAUUUGUAUUUCUCACAGAUUUACCUGCUUACAUUUGAGGAGAAGAUGGAAAAUUAUACAUACUACAACUACUCCUAUGACUAUGACUACCCAGACUAUGACUACGGAAGAUGUGUGUAUAUAAACUAUCUGGGAGUUCAAUUGUCCUUCAUUUACUACUUCAUGUUUCUCUUCAGUCUGGUUGGCAACGUGCUGGUCCUGGUCAUCAUCCAUCGGUUUGAGAGGCUGACCACUGUGACCAACAUUUUUCUGCUGAACCUCGUGGUGUCCUCCUUGAUCUUCAUAAGCAGCCUUCCAUUCCAGGCAGUGUACAUGCAGCUCUCUGACUGGAUCUUUGGUAACGUUAUGUGCAAGAUUGUAGACAGUGUCUACUACCUGGGCUUUUACAGUUCUGGCCUGUUUCUGGCUCUCCUGACCUUUGACCGACACCUUGCAGUUGUUUACUCCUUGGGUGCGCCACGAUUGAUAAGUCAACGCUGCGCAUUACUCUGCUGCGCUGUGGUGUGGCUGGUCAGCAGUCUGGCGUGUAUCCCGUGGAUGAUUCUAUACAACGCUUUUCACACUCCUUACAACACAAUAAUGUGUCAGGAAUAUCCAGGUUACUUAACAGGUAUGAGUGUAAACCAUCUGAGAAAUCCUGCAUUUUACCGUCAGCUUUUUAUUUUCUUGCUCUUUCCUCUGAUUGUUAUUGUGUACUGCUACAUUAGGAUUGCUAUCACUGUCAUAACAUCAAAAUUAGUUACCAAGUUCAAAACAGUCAGGUUGAUUUUUGUCAUUGUCCUGUUAUUUUUUAUUUCCUGGAUCCCAUACAAUGUUGUUGUUGUACUACUGACUGACGAUGGAACAAUGACCUGUGAAGAAUAUCGUAGGAGGGUUUAUGCUGAACAAGUCACUCAUAGUCUUACCCACAUUUACUUCUGCAUCAGUCCCAUCUUCUAUACAUUUGUUGGGGAAAAGUUCCAAAACUACUUCAGACAGAUGGUGGUAAAACGCUUCCCAGGGUUAAAGAAGUAUAUUUCCGUCGAUCAGGCCAUGCCCACAGAAAGUACACAAAGUGAAUUGAGCAGUGUCAUGGCGCACUCAUUCUAG